AUGAAUGUUCAUAUCAGCAUUGCCGUCACUCAGGAGGCUGUUGCAUCUCUCGGGACAGGCACAGGAGUCCGCAACCCCCCUACCCCAACCAACUCCAGUCCCCCACCCAAAGAUAUGCAGUCAGAGCGUGUGACGAGUGUGUGUGGAGGUGUGUGUGUGAUGGGUGGGAUCGAUAAAGAGCUGUUGGAGCUGCAUUCUCUCAUUCAGUUUCCUGAGGAGGUUGCUGCCCUGCUGAUGGAGCAGGAACUGAAGCUCUACAGAAGGGUCCUCCCUGCAGACUACCUCAUUUACCUCACCGAGGACCUCACACACACACACAAUCACAACAACCUCACAAACACGCUGCACAGCAGCAUUAUAACGCACACACAAGAUGAACAGACAAACUCCCUGGAAGACCUGGUCGCCCGCUUUAAUGAGGUGAGCUCGUGGGUGACGUGGCUGAUCUUGACAGCGGGAUCAAUGGAAGAGAAGAGGGAAGUGUUCUCUUACCUCGUUCACACAGCCCGGUGCUGCUGGAACAUGGGCAAUUACAAUGCAGUUAUGGAGAUCCUGGCUGGUCUGAGGUCUCGUAAGGUGCUGAAGAUGUGGCAGUUCAUGUGUCAGGCGGACAUUAAGACCAUGCGUGCCCUUAAGGAUGCCAUGGCACAUCAUGAGAGCUGUGCCGAGUACCGUAAGGCAUUAAACAGGGCACGCCACAUCCCCGGCUGCAGGGUGGUGCCCUUCUGCGGGAUCUUCCUCCAAGAACUCGGCCUGGCACUGGAGGGCACUGCCAGCCUCAUCAGCCUACGCCAACGAGAUGACUCCAUAGAGUUCAUAACAGACUACAGUGGACAGGAUCAUUUCCUGCAGAGGGCAGGGCCUGAAGGAUUGACCAAUCCGGAGAAAGAGAAGACUGUCAAUAACAUCCUGCAGACCAUUCGCAGCUGCAACCGCAGCCUCGAGGUGGAGGAGGGGGAGGAGUCAGCUGGCGAGGGGAAUGCCCCCUCGCGUCAGAAUUCCUUUAGGGAGCAAAACCGCAACCAGUUCAUAGCCAGUGACCAGUCUGACUCAGAGUGCGACCAACUGGAACAAGUAAAGGAGGACGAGCUCCAGGCAGAGGACCCCCAACAUGCGUUUGGGCAUGGAACUGAACUCAUUCCCUGGUAUGUUUUGUCUAUCCGACCACAUAUUCAUCACUUCCUCCUGCAGGGGGCAACAGUGAUCCACUACGAGCAGAACUCCCACCAGACAGCCCGAUGCUUACUACGCCUACAGCCGGAUAAUUGUUUCCUCACCUGGGGAAAGAUUCAUAACACGUCAACCACCAACGGACGCAUACGCAGCCCUGGAUCCAGCGGGGUGAGUGGAACAGACUCUCCCCACACUCGACCUCAGGUGGGUGGGCAGCCCAUCCUGGCAGGGUUGACCGACGGAUUUGUCGACCUGAGCAUAGUAAAGGCUGUGUUUUUGGGUCACAGCGGAGUGGAUCUGACGAGUGUGUGUGCGCAAAAUAAACUUCCCAUGGGUCUAAACAUCCAGGAGAACGCUCUGACGCUACUUUAUGGAGCGCACACCACGGAGAACCGCCUGCUGCACUUUGUAGGCCCAACAUACACUCUGCGCAUGCUGUGUGAAGGCCUGGAACAGCUGCUUCAUGCUGUCAGGAGGAUGAAGAAGUUUCCAGAUCAGAGACUGCAAUGGCUUAGGAGGCAGUACAUCAACUUAUACCAGGAGGAUGGCAGGUAUGAGGGUCCUACGCUAGCUCAGGCCAUCGAACUGUUUGGGGGUCGACGCUGGAAUAGCCCACAGUCAGCCAAUCAAAAGAACAGCUCUCUCAGUAAUACAGGCAAUCAGAAGAUCAGCCCUGGAGUCAUUAACACCAAGAAAAAAAAGAAAAUGUUGAUGAGGGGAGACAGUGGAGAUGCCACAGACGAUGAGACGGGCUCGAGGAAGACGAGGAGUGGUGGGGAGGUUCUGGGUCGAAGUGGGUCGGAUCCAUCAGACAGUGUGGAUCAGGAUGAAUUAGAUGAUAGUGGUUCAUUCGGCCUACCUGGACCAUUCUCCCUGUCUCUGAGUAAAGCCUUUCCGAUCAAUGCAUCAUCAUCAGUAUCAUCAGCAUCAUCGUCAUCAUCAUCCUCAUCAUCAUCAUUAAAUUCUAAUCUGUCUACAAGUGUUCAGCCAAACACUUCGGUGAAGAACUCAGGUGCUUCGUCAGGCCGGGGGUUGGCAGGGCGACAGAAGCCUCUGAGGGGUUUCCAGAACCUGAUGGACUCUGAUUCCACCAUGAGCUUCAGCCAGUUUGUGGAGCUCUACAAAUCAUUCAGCAUCCGGAGUCGGAAAGACCUGAAGGAGUUGUUUGAUGCCCAUGCGGUGCCCUGUGGGCGCUGUGCCACAGACCCUGUCCCCCUCUACACCAGUCUGAUCAUCGAUGACAAACUGACCAACACACAGCCUGACCUAGACCUGUUAACCCGUAAUGGUUCAGACCCUGGUUUGUCUUUACGUGGCCGUGGGGAGGAGAGUGAGGGGCAGAGGCAGAUUUGGGAUGCGAUUGCUGCUUCCAGCAUUGUGUGUAACGGGACAGGGGUAGAGAGUGUGUCCCUGGGUCAACAGGCCUGGGGCAUUGAACAACUCAACAACUUUAUGGUCAAUUAUCAGAGAGAGCACCACACACAUGAUCAGUUACUCAGCAUCAUACAGAGGCAUGAGCCAUGUGCCAGUUUGCGUCAGAUGGGAUGGAUGUCCUUUGAAGGCUUUGCAAGGUUUUUGACAGAUAAGGAUAAUUUUGCAUCAAAAAUGGAGGACACUCAAGUGAAUUUGGAGGAUCUUCAAUUCCCUCUUUCUUACUACUAUGUUGAGUCUUCCCACAACACUUACCUCACUGGACACCAGCUCAAAGGAGAGUCCUCUGUUGAGCUCUACAGUCAGGUGUUGCUGCAGGGCUGUAGGAGUGUGGAGCUGGACUGCUGGGAUGGAGAUGAUGGCAUGCCAAUCAUCUAUCAUGGACACACCCUCACCACCCGAAUCCCAUUCAAGGACGUGGUGGAGGCUGUGAAUCGCUCUGCCUUUGUGACCUCUGACCUCCCAGUCAUCCUCUCUAUAGAAAACCACUGCUCCCUGCCACAGCAACGCAAAAUGGCUGAGAUUUUUAAGACCGUGUUUGGAGACAAAUUGGUGACUAAAUUCCUAUUUGAGAGUGAUUUCUAUGAUGAUCCUUUGUUACCAUCACCGUGGCAACUACGAGGAAAAAUCCUCCUGAAGAAUAAGAAGCUUAAAGCACAUCAGGCUCCUGUGGACAUUCUCAAACAGAAGGCACAUCAGCUGGCCAGCAUGCAGGUUCAGGCCAGUAACAGCACACUGACUGGGGCGUCGCCCAACAACGAAGAGGAGGAGGAGGAAGAGGACGAGUAUGACUAUGACUAUGAGUCACUGUCGGAUGCUGAUGUCUUCAUUGCUUCCCCUGCAUUUCAUGGCCAAGAAGAUAAUAUCCUGGAGGAUCGUCCCGAGGGGAAAUUUGUGUCGUCAAGUGAGAAGUUUCAGUCUGAGUCAAGUGAUGAUGUUCCAAAAAGAGCUAAGAGAGGAGAGCCCACCAGUCAAAACAAAGGAAAGGUUUUUGAUAUGGACAUGGGGGAGGAGUUUAAAUUCCCACGCAGUAAGAAAGAGGGCAGACAGAUUGCUCAGGAACUGUCAGAUCUCAUCAUUUAUUGUCAGGCUGUCAAAUUCCCAGGUCUCUCCACAUUAGAUCCACUGGGUUCUGCCCAGGGCAAGGAAAGAAAAUGCCGAAAGUCGAUCUUUGGAAAUACACCAGGCAGAAACAUCUCUGGAGAGCCCAUACCCCUCAAUCGUCACCCUGGAAAAGCCGCAGUGUCAGAGGGCUGUCGUCUGAGUUGGGAGGAGUCGACCUCCUCUUCGUUUGGCCCCUCCCCUUCCCUGAGCACACUGAUUCGAACACCCAAGUGUUACCAUGUCUCCUCCGUCAACGAGAACGCUGCCAAGCGUCUGUGUCGACGUUAUUCCCACAAACUGAUUCAACACACGACCGCUCAGCUCCUGCGGACAUACCCGGCUGCCACGCGCAUUGACUCAACAAACCCAAACCCACUGCUCUUCUGGCAACACGGCAUACAGCUGGUCGCCCUGAAUUACCAGACCGAUGACCUGCCACUCCAGUUGAAUGCAGCCUUGUUUGAAAGCUGGGGUAGCUGUGGGUACGUGCUGAAGCCUCCAGUUCUGUGGGAUAGAAACUGUCCUCUGUACACAACCUUCAGCCCUCUGGAGAGAGACACAGACCUCAGCCCAGCACAGUACCACCUCACAAUCAUCUCUGGGCAGAACGUUUGUCCUGGGAGUACCUUGGCGAGCGUGUGUGUGGAGGUGGACGUUUUGGGAAUACCAGUGGAGUCGUGUCACUUCCGGACCAAAGCUGCCCACAGGAACUCCUUUAACCCAAUGUGGGGUCAGAGUUUUCAAUUCCAGGUCACCAUGGAAGAUCUGACCUUUCUGCGUUUCUCUGUGGUGGAACAGAAUAGCUCCCAAAUCACAGCCCAGAGAAUAUUGCCUCUUAAACUACUCAGAACAGGCUACAGGCAUGUUCAGCUGAGAAAUCAGCACAAUGAGCCUCUGGAAAUUUCCAGCCUCUUCAUCUAUAGCCGCAGAAUGGAAGAGAACACGACAAGACACACCAUGCCUGUGUCAGCGUUGUUUAGCACAGAGGAGCGCCGGGCAGCUGUUCAGUAUAAAGUAACAGUUCAUGGAGCUCCAGGACCAGAGCCUUUCGCUGUUGUGUGUGUUACUGAGAGGACUACAGUCGCACAGCUCCUACACACACUGCUCUCCUCCUCUCCUCUGUCUGUGUCUGGUAUGUGUUUGGUGGAGGAGAGGUGUGUGUUGUCUCGCGAGCGUGGAGACAGCCGGCGGCCCCCUCUGCAGCGUGUGCUGGGAGCAGAUGAGGAGGUGCUGAGAGUAGUGAACAGCUGGAGCCCGGAGGACCUGUACCUGGGCCGACUGUGCCUCCGCAACAUGCAUGAGAGCAUGGGAGACACAAGAGCGGUGUCAGAGGUGGUGGAUGAAGUGAGUGGUGGAGGAGGUGAAGAUGGUUCCUUCUUUGUUCAGGUUCAUGAUGUUUCCCCUGACCAGCCUCGCACAGUCAUCAAAGCUCCACGCCACAGCACAGCACAAGACAUCAUUCACCAGACUCUCAGUAAGGCUAAAAACUCGAGUGGUCUCCAGUCAUCCCCUGACCCUGCCAAAUAUGUCCUAUUGGAGGAGGUUGCUAGGGAGACGGUGGGGUGGCGUCCAGCGCUGCGACCCGUGCAGCGUGUCUUAUGUGACAACGAGUGUGUGUUCCAGGCUCAGAGCCGCUGGAAAGGAGCUGGAAAAUUCAUCUUAAAACUAAAGGAACAAACAGCAUGUGACGAUCGGCGUAAGGGUUUGUCUCUGGCGGGCGAGCUGAAGCGCUUGACUGGCCGGACUCGGGGAGUGUGGCCAACGACUCAAGAGGCAGGACCGAGUAAAGAUGAGAGAGCAGCAUACUGCUUGCACUUCACUGAGACCUGUGAAUGA